AUGCCUGUCGUUCGACCACCACCUCGACGUCGCUCUGCGCGACUGAAAGCUUUACAGACACCCUUUCCAAGGGGCAAAAACGCCAUGGAUCCAACACAGGGGCCGGUCACUCGCGGGAGGGGUAGCAAGAGUAGAGGCACACGGCAUCCUGCUGUGGGAGGAGGGUCAGAUCACCCCAAAUUCCAGAUACAGUGGCUAUCUGCACCUUUCCGCACCCAGAAAGUCAUCGACCACCUCCGUGACCACCCAGCUGACUGCCGGAUCCUAUUUUCCUCUGAUGCAAAACGACCACAGAAUGAUAGUGACCGUCCCUCAGGCAAAGAUAAACUUUCAGUCUGCGCUGUUAUUGCGAACAUUACGCGGACGAGCCCGACAAAUUUCGAGACUCGACGAAUAGUCACAUCAAUGGACUCAGAAGAAAGUAUCGCGAGUCCUAUGACAAGUUACACUCAACCGGCUGCUGGUAUCAUGCCAGAGGAUGAAGCGCAGAAUUUGCACGCGCAAAUUUUGAAGGAAUUCCCCUGGUAUGAUGAACUCAUUGACAUCAUGGGGGGGAAUCCAGCAAUAUCCCUCAAGACAGUCUCGUCACACCCGGGAGUAGACCACGCAGCAAAAUAUUUCUCCAUCUCACGUACCGCCGGCAGCUCGUAUUCCAACAGUCUGGGCUCUGGGAGCGCUCAGUUUAGCGCCCAGCCUUUCUCUCCUCAGCUUCCUCCUGCUGGCGCUCAGCCAUACUCUCCUCAGCUUCCCCCCUCAGCUUCUCAGCCUUACCCGCCCUCUUACCCUCAACCUUACCCGCCCUCUGACCCUCAACCUUACCCACCCUCGGGCGCUCAACCUUACCCGCCCUCUAACACUCAACCUUACCCGCCCUCGGGCGCUCAACCUUAUGCGCCCUCGGGUGCUCAGCAUUACCCGCCCUCGGGCGCUCAACCUUAUGCACCCUCGGGCGCUCAGCAUUACCCACCCUCGGGCGCUCAGCCCCACGGCAGUCAAUACGCGUUUGGCCAUGCCCCUCAUAGCCAGUACCCACAUCACCACCAGUCUGGCGCGCCCCCCGCACGCUCUCGCAACGACCCCAACUCGCUUCUUGAUGACGACGACGACGACAUGGAUUUCUCAUUCGAAGAUCUACCAAAGCCGACUCCCCCCCCGCGACGUGAUUACCGCGACGACCCUCACGCUAUUAUUCUCGACAGUCCGCCGAGGUCUGCACGCGCUGCAUCCAAACGUCCGGCUCCUCCGUCGUCCCCUUCGCCCCCCAUUACCCCUCCGCCUCAAUCUCAACGAUCCGAAUUCAUGCUGCCGCGCACAUCGCAGACGUCUCACCGGGACAGUCGUGCAUCCUUCGGGAUGUCCGAUCCACAACGGCGCCCUAGCACGGGGUCGGUCAAAGCAUCCUCUCGCCGCUCUUCAGGCUCUUCGCGCUCGAAGCCUGCGUCGGCGUCGUCAGCACCUGCAUCAACGUCAAUGACAUCACCAGCCAAUUCCGCAUCAGCAUCCGCAGGAAAAACGAGGCAGGGGAAGAAGCAGCGGUCUGACCUUCAGAGUCAGGUUGACGCACUCUCUGACGAGAUCGAGAGUGCGCAGUCGGACCGUGUCACUCGGGACGAACUCAAGAACGAGCGGUACAUGGCCAAGUACAACUUCGCGCGCCAAGUCAACGAACACAAAUUCCUCAAAGCCGAACGUGCGGAUACUUUCGCCGAAGCUGCCACUGCGCAUCAACGUGCCCUGGAGGCCAAGGAGUCUGAGAUUCGUCUUCGAGAAGCAGAGAUGAAGAUGCACGCGGCAUUAGCGCAAGCGCAUGCGGAGGAGGCGGCAACCAUGCGCCUCAAGAUUGAGUUUGCACGUCUUUCUGGGUCUGGAUCUGGGUCUGGGUCUCAGGCUUGA